AUGCGCGUCUCGUUAGUCUCGGCGGCCGCGUGGGCGAUGGAAUGCCGCCCCCGCGCCCCAACCGCUUCGGUCGCCCCCGCCACCCACGCCGCCCACGCCAACCUCACCGUCCCUCCACGUCCCCAGCCACCGCCACCGUCCGGCGCAUCAGCGGAGCGACCGGACCGCUCCGACCGCCCUUAUGGUCACCGCCUACGCGCUGGCGGCAUCCAGAUUACGCACCUCAACGUGCCGACGGAGGUGCGCAACGGCUCCAGCUACACCAUCCUGGACUGCGUGUACUCGCUCAAGCCCGACGAGGUGGACACGGAGCGCGGGCUGGUGGUGAAGUGGUACUUCAACAACGGGCCGUCCCCGGUCUACCAGUGGAUCCCCGGCAUGAAGCCCCAGGACCUUGGGGUACUCCGCGGCCGCCUCAACGUGCUGCACCGCGUCACCGACAACGUCGCCACCAUGCACCGCGCCCUGUACAUCCUCAACCCCACCACCGACCUCUCCGGGGAGUACAAGUGCCACGUGUCCACGUUCGAGGAUGAGGACUUCAUGACCAAGAAGAUGGUCGUCUACGGUGAGUCGUGUGCACGUGAUCCAUAA